CUGUUCGUAUGAUAACACUGCAGAAAAAGGAAGUUAAAUAGCUUCAUUUAAAUGACCUACAGUGUUGUUCAUUAUUCUGAUAAAAAUGUUUUACUAUAUAAAGAUUUGUGAAGGAACUACUUUUGAAAAGAACUAUAUAUAGGAAUUUCCCGCGGAACCGGUAUGCAUAACCUUGAAAAACAAAAGAAGCCUAUUUCUAAAUGAGUCAUCUGAAUUGUGGAUCAGAAAUCUGGUAUGGUAAAACAGUUACAAAGCUGGAUUCUAUCACCUUAAUGGAUAAAGCAACAUGCAGUUGUAGGCUUUAGUGCAUCUUGAAGGGAGACAUCAUGGCAUAUGGUGACUAUGUAUUAGUGCUUUUCCUCAUGAUAUCCUGCAGUCAUGCGGAACCACGAUGCAUACCGAAUGCCGAUUGUAUUUACACGUUUGGGACAACCACCACCGCUGAUUGUUCAUCACUGAAUCUUCAGCUCCCUCCUUGCUUUAAAAGUUCUUCAAAUAUAACCCACAUAAUUUUGAAGAAUAAUUCGUUGAGAAGAAUUCCAGUUGAUUUACCAACGGAACUGGAAUAUCUUGAUUUAUCAUACAAUGAAAUUAAUUUAAUUGAUUCGCCAAUGAUACAUACCAUUUAUAGACGAUUGAAAUAUCUCAAUUUGGACCACAAUGGAAUUGAAAAUCUUACUUUCUUCUCUGUGAUUUCCAACAUGUCAAAUUUAGAAUUUUUGUCUCUCAAAGGCAAUAAUAAUAGCAGAGACACCAAAUAUCCUAGCAACAUCCUUCAUGGAUUAGAGUCGUUAUUACAUCUAAGAAUUGAUGGAGUCGAAGAGGGAAACUUUGGUGACAUGUUCUCAGCCGAUAAAAUUGACUUAAAAUUACUGGAUGCAUCUGGUAACGAUGGUGUAUGCGUCAUUUCUCAUUUGAUAUCCAAUGUUUUGGGGAAAUUUAAUUUAACUCAUUUGGACUUAUCCUUCUGCAACAUUAGAUCCACUGAAAUCGGUGUUCUUAGUUCUCAAGCAUAUCUGCAAUAUUUGGACGUUUCAUACAAUAAAAUGCUCGGUUUUAGAGGACUUGCCAAUGUCUCAUACGACCUUCAGGAUAGUGCCAUCAAAGUACUUAAAUUCAACAAAGUACACUGUACUUUUGGACUAGGUACUAUCCUGCUGCGUAAGCACACGAUAUAUCUUCAAAAUACAACACUCGAAGAAUUAUACCUAGACAGCAAUAGGUUGGAACUCAUGGAAAUAGGAGUCUUGCCAAAAUUACCCAAAACACUAAAGCUUCUGUCUGUCGGAGACAACAAGGUGGAUAAUGGCAUAUAUGUGUUACAAGUGGACUCUAUGCACAAUCUGGAGGUUCUGAAUGUUAGUUUUCAAAUACAUUCUCACACCAACUAUUUCGAACCUUGCGAUGAUUUCUCGGAAUCAUGUCAUAUCGGACCAGACGUUGCUCAUAAAUUCAUUGACUUAAGCUUAAGUAAAAAAAGAAUUUUUACAUUUUACUUGCCUGAAAAGCUGAAAAGGCUCUACGCAAACAAUAAUAAAUUUCAAUAUCAUGUUGGGGAACUGCAUUUCAACAACUGUAAUGUGGAAUUUGCACAUUUUCAAGGCAAUCAUUUUGUUCAAAUUCAUGGUCCGCUAUUUGGUUGUUAUAAUGUCAGAUACAUAGAUUUAUCAGAUAAUUUUUGUUCAAAUAUUUCAUCUCAAGCGUUAAGAUUUUUACCAAAAUUAAAUAUUUUAAAUGUUUCGCAGAAUCUCCUCGGUAACAGCUUGGCAAAGGAUAUAAACGGUGAAAUAUUUGGAAAUAACAGAAAUUUAAGCGUCUUGAAUUUACACGAUAAUAAAAUACAUGUCUUGCCAGGAAAUCUUUUAAAGAAUAAUUUAAAUAUACAACUGCUGAAUAUUUCAUACAACAGGAUUGAGAAAUGGACAGUAGACAUACGCCAUUUGUUUCAACUUCAGCAUCUUGACUUGUCGAACAAUCUCUUGACCGAAUUAGACAAAACUGCUGUUGAUUUAUUACCACAGCACAAUAAUUUUACAAUCAACCUUUUAGGAAACCCCUUGGAGUGUUCAUGUGCAAAUUUGUUCUUCUUUGACUGGAUAAAUAGACAUCAAGCUAGACUUCUGUAUUUGCAAAACACAACUUGUUCUUACAAGGAUGGUUCUCAAUUUUCACUUGACGAUGUAUCCGAUAUCGUGGAGAUGCUACAAAAGAAUUGUUCAUCCUACACCCCACUUAUCAUUGUGACAUCAUCAUUCAUUUUCUUCUUCUUAAGCGUAACAAUUUAUCGAAUCAUCUACCGCUACCGAUGGACGAUUUUCUACAUCUACUACCUCACGAAGCGAUAUGUUUUUCCGAAGGUUGAACAAUCGCAGAGAAAGGUUUUCUACGAAUACGAUGCCUUUAUCUCCUACGCAGAACAAGACAGAGGCUUUGUUUUCAAUCAGAUAAGAUUGAUGGAGAACGAUGAACUGAAGUUCUGCAUCCAUGACCGUGAUUUCAUUCCAGGAAUUGACAUUGCUGAAAACAUCACAAACGCUAUCCACAACAGCAGACGAAUAGUAUUUGUAAUGACGUCAUAUUUUUUGAAAUCUUAUUGGUGCAUGUUUGAGUUAAAUAUGGCGCGAAUGGAGAGCAUCUACUCACGAGGGGGAGAGAACAUUCUUUUAUUGGUGUUAAUGGAAAACCACAUCGUUCGAGAAAUGCCCUUGUCUCUUCUUCACGUUAUUGAAAGUCAAUCGUAUCUAGAGUAUCCGGGUGAAGAUAGUUUUGGAAAUGUAGACAUUUUUUGGAGAAAUUUGAAAGAUGCCAUUAGGGACAAUCAAUAAUUCAGAAAAAAAUAAAGUAGUUUUAGUCUACAUUGUUUAAAGGCUCAUGAAAGAUUCUCUGAAAAAAGUCUGGCGUCGUUGUUUGUAAUAACCAUUUCAGUGGGUUUUUCUAACAAUUUACUUCCCCGCGAACGAGAAUUUUGUCAACCAAUGAAUUUAUUCAUUAAAUAUCCUAGUAACGCAGGAAAUUACGAACCAGUAUAAAAACUGUAUUUGCCCAUUAACGUUGAUCCAACGAAUUUAAAUCAGUUUGUCGUGCUGCAGUUUCUUUAUUCAAAACAUGCCCCAAAUUAAGGUUGGUUACAAAAGGAAAUCAAGUUUUCAAACGGAAUAUUAAUAUACGGAAAUGAUGAUAAGUGCAGGUUUUUAUUUGUUCAAUUAAUGACUUCUUUUGGUAGCGGGACGAGAAUUAUUGAUUUUCAGCAUUUUCACAUUGGAAUAUGAAAUGAUUUAAAUAUAUUUAGAGUAGCUUUGUCGCUCGAUCUAAAUCAUACUGAUAUGCAAACAUUUUUAAGGUUCUUUUUGUAGAUCUUGUCUUUGAAUAUGAACACUGCGUAAGGUGGGGUUAAAAUCUUAAUUAAUAUAUUUAUAUCUACAAAGAUUUCUUCUAAAAUCUUCUCCAGAACAGCUGCGAGACUAUGAUAGUCAAAUUGAUAUUUAGACCCCCUAUUUAUUUUGUAAAUUCAAACUUUCUUUGUUGAAUCUUGACCUCUUGUGCAUAAAUGGGAAGGGGGGGGGGUGUUAAGGGAACAUGAAAAAAGAGAAAACUUUUUAAAAUUGCUUCAGCAUUAUGAUAGCUCAGUGUCAGUGGGAGCGAUGUGGCGUGGUCUAUGAAAAUUCCGUUCAUCUUUAAAGGGAGUAAGAUUGUAAGAAUAAAUCACAAAGAAUGAUUUUUUUAUUUCUAUGGAAUUCAAUGAAUCUGUAUUAUAAAUAACAUCUAUCACCUGUAUCUCUGUAAUUAUUGUGCGUUUAAAUGUUUUUUCUUUGAUUACCAGGGUAAUCAUUGCUGGAAGUAACCAGUCUAAUGGUAUUGACAUAUUAUGCUGAAUAAAGCGUAAACCAAGA